AUGAUUCCGGCUACAUCUUCCGUUAGGUCAUGUAGUUCUAAUGAAACCGAAGUACCCGAUGAUGUAUCACUCGAGCCAAGCUCGAGAGAUGGUGAUCGAAAUGACUCCCCCACAGAGCUCCCUAAUAUUAGGGAGAAGAUCUCUGCUGCGGCUCUGCAAGCCGCUUCCCAGCAACAACCUGAGGACACUUCACAGCAAGGCAUUGUGUGUGACAAUGAGGCAAGCGAAACCUCCUCUACUGCGGUCAUGUCCCCUCGAGCCUACCAGCUGGAGAUGCUCGAUCAGAGCCUGAAGCAAAAUGCUAUUGUUGUCAUGGACACGGGAAGUGGCAAGACUCAAGUUGCCGUGCUACGCAUCAAAGCCGAGUUAGAUCGAUCCAAUCCCGAUAAGAUAAUAUGGUUUCUCGCUCCAACGGUGGCCUUGUGCGGCCAGCAAUUCGAUGUUAUUCGGUUGCAAGCAGCCUCAAUACCGAUGAAACUUCUGACUGGCAACGACCAAGUCGAUACAUGGUCAGCCGAUAUCUGGGAUACCAUUUUAGACGGUGUGCGAAUUGUGGUGUCGACCUAUCAGGUCCUCCUUGAUGCCCUUUGUCACGCAUUUAUCAGCAUCGACCAGCUUGCCCUGAUUGUGUUUGAUGAAGCACAUAACUGUGUAGGGAAGCACCCGGGAAGCAAAAUCAUGACCGAUUUCUACCACAAUAAUAAACAGAACGCCCGUCACAUUCCAUCAAUUCUCGGAAUUACAGCGACCCCGAGUAUAUCGGAGGAUUUGGAGAGCAUGGAGACUCUGGAGGCAAUACUGGAUGCAAAGUGCGUUUCGCCUACUAGGCAUCGGGAAGAGCUUCUAAAAUGCGUCAAACGGCCUCAAAUAUUCACCAUUGCCUAUGACGCUCAUCCGCCACUACCUCACACCAAAUCAAUGCAGCGCUUGCAAAACGAGUUUCUAAAUCUCGACAUCACAAAAGACCCGUAUGUCUUGAGGCUCCAGGAAGACCCUACGCCGCGAAACCAUCGAGCACUAGUCCAAGCUAUUGAAAAGUAUGAUACUUUUGUACAAAGACAGAUCAAGAGUCUGUGGGUACGCAGCGUUGAGAUCUUGCAACAACUGGGACCUUGGGCUGCGGAUUUGUACGUUUGGAAAUCUGCCACUGCCUUUCUCGCUCGCCAAGACGCGGCGGGUGAAUUCGGCGACUGGCUUGAUGCUGAGAAUCGAUAUUUGGCGGACUUCCUUCGUCGUAUCUCGCCUGUUCCCCCGACUCCAAUGCCACAGAGUGGCAACGACGUGUCUGAGAAGGCUACUGCACUUGUCAGAGAACUCGUGUUGGUAGAAGAGCCAAUAGUUUGCCUGAUUUUCGUCAAGGAAAGGGCAACUGCAAGCGUCCUCUGUGAAUUAUUGACCGCGUGCCCACGCAUCGUGGAGAAGCAUCGAAUUGGAUCCAUGAUUGGUACAUCAAACUACCAAAGCAGAAAAAACACUCUGUCCGAGCUUAUCGGACAGCGUAACGAUCCAAUGUCGGCCUUGCAAAACUUUAGGUCAGGCAAAAUCAAUAUUCUCGUUGCUACGUCUGUCCUGGAGGAAGGGAUUGACGUGCCAGCGUGCAAUAUGGUUAUUUGCUUUGACCAUCCACAGACGCCCAAGUCUUUUAUACAACGUCGCGGAAGGGCUAGGAUGAAAGAAUCCAAACUGAUGCUGCUUACCGAAUAUUCCUCGUCGGUUAUUGGCAAGUGGGAGGCUCUAGAGGAGACUAUGAAGGCUAUACAUCAAGACACGCAGCGUGAAAUUCGCAUAAUGCAAAGCCUUGAGGACUCAGAAGAGUCGUCUCCAACGUUCAUGGAAGUGGAAUCCACUGGGGCUAGACUCGACUUUGACAAUGCCAAAUCACAUUUAGAGCAUUUCUGCAGAGUCUUGUCACAAGGCGAGUUUGUUGACAGCCGGCCAGACUAUAUAAUUCACCGCCAUGAGGAGUGGGACUUAGAUCCGAAGCCGACGCUUAGCGCAACUGUGCUUCUUCCAUCAUUUGUUCCCAACGAACUGCGACAAAUUGAUAGCAAAUUUAGUUGGCGUUCGGAAAAGAAUGCAACCAAAGAUGCUGCAUUUCAGGCCUACCAAGCUCUAUACGAGGCCGGACUUGUGAACGAGCAUUUGCUGCCUUUUAAGUACGAGGAUAUUCCUGGGGUGGAUGUCAGAGCACCAGAAGUUGAAGUAGAGCCAUUGUUCAACCCUUGGUAUGAGGUUACGAGAGCCUGGAAAGAAGAAAACCGAGUAUGGCUCUACACUCUCACAUCCUCGGACGACACCCACGGAGAGUCCGAGUACAACUUGCUUUUGCCGGUGAAACUCGAUCAACUUCGAAACAUCCACAUAUAUGUCAACAGCAAUACUGCUUGUGAACUUCGCUUUGACUCUCACCGCCUUAUCUCUGCCAUUGAGGCUGCUUGUUUGCCAGACCACACUUCGGCUUUGUUGGCACUUCCGUUUGCACAUCGUUGGCCAGUUGAAGACAAACAGCAUGUCAUCCGAGUUUGGGCCAAGAGUACCUCCCUCACAUUGCAUGGGAUUGGCGGCAAAACUUUCGAUCCAAACAACAGUGACGAUACUGGAGGAAGGUACCUAAUUCGGGAUGAGUCCAAAAGCCCGUUUCACUAUGUCGGCGUUUUACAAACUAAGCCUGCUCCUGAGGAUGUCCAGAGCACCUUCUUUGAUUACGACAACGCUCCUGUGGACGUACCAUAUGUGAUUGUCAAGCGGUGGACCAAGCGCGCUGAUUUCUUGCACCCUCUUCCGCCAGAGGCUCCUCCUGUGUCAACCACGAAGCCAUACCCUCGAGUCAUUCCAUUGCCUUGGGCAACAGUGGACGACAUGCCUCUGAAGUUUGCACAAUUUGGAAUGUUUCUUCCGUCUAUACUACAUGAGUUAGAGGUCACAUUGAUUGCGAAGGAGCUGUCAACAACACUGUUGAGGAACGUCAAUAUCACUGAGCUUCAACUUGUUCGAGAAGCCAUCAGCUCACGGAGCGCGGUAGAGCCUGUCAACUAUGAACGACUUGAGUUCCUUGGAGACUCGAUUCUCAAAUACUGCGCGGCUAUUCAGGUCUCGGCUAUUCACCCGGAGUGGCCAGAAGGAUACUUGUCGUUCUUCAAAGACCGCCUGGUGAGCAACUCCCGGCUCUCUAGAGCAGCCAUAGACCUAGGUCUCGGCAAGUUCAUUCUCACAAAAUCCUUUACGGGUCAAAAGUGGCGACCAAUGUAUCUGAGCAAUUACGCUGGAGACGGAGACAGAGACAAAGUACCACCUAGGAAGGUGUCAACGAAGACUCUGGCCGAUGUAGUAGAAGCUCUCAUCGGUGCAUCGUUCGUCGACGGAGGUAUAACGAAAGCGCAAAAUUGCAUCUCAAUGUUCGUUAACGAUAUAAAGUGGAAGGAUGUCAGUGCCAAUCGGGAGCUGUUUUUCAAGAUGGCACGAGAUCAAGAUGUUCUCCCAGCAGAACUCAAGCCUCUUGAACAGUUGAUUGGUUAUGAGUUUAACAAGAAGUCACUGCUUAUUGAAGCCAUGACGCACCCGUCUUGCAUGUUUGACCAUAGCAGGCGGUCGUACGAGCACCUUGAAUUCAUUGGCGACGCCAUCUUGGAUUUCAUAAUUGUACGAAAGAUGUUUUCGGUUAGACCUCCCUUGCCUCAUCAUCAAAUGCACUUGCUGAAGACGGCAAUGGUAAACGGAGACUUUUUAGCCUUUAUAUCUCUGGAAUACAGCAUGCCGCGGACAGAAACGACAGUGACUUCCGACUUGCGGGUAGUUGACGAGGAAACGACUCCAUUAUCGCUAUGGACUUUUAUGAGGCAUUCCUCAGAGCCCAUUGGUAUUGAACAAGCUGUCACGGCGAAGCGAUACGAAGCAUUCCGCAGUGAGUUGCUGGAGGCGCUCCAUCACGGCUCCCAUUACCCUUGGGCCCUUCUUGCCAGACUGCAGACCAAGAAGUUCUUCUCGGACGUUUUCGAGUCCUUGCUUGGUGCUGUCUGGGUUGACUCGGGUUCAAUUGAGGUUUGCGAGUCCAUGCUCCAGAGGUUCGGGGUUUUGGCGAUUCUUGAUCGCCUACUUAAGGACAAAGUCCAGGUCCAGCAUCCCAAAGAAGUGUUGGGCAAACUUGCCGUUACUCAAACCGUCACGUAUGAUAUUGAUGUACAGGAGACGCCAGACGGUGAAAAGGCAUUUACAUGUCGAGUAUUGGUGGGUCAACGGGUUAUUACGGAGGUUUUGGAUGGUGUGAACAAGGAGGAAGUCAAGACGAAAGCGGCCGAGGAGGCAAUCAAGAUUUUGAGCAGAGAACGGGAUGAAGCAACAGCGCAAGCGAAGCGUUGA